UGCACACAUGUACAUACAUACACACAGUGGGGCUUUGGAAGUGGGAGGCAGAGGCCACAAGGUCCCGCCAUGUGGCAGAUUCACCUUCCCACAACUCAAACAGGUUUCGUCAGGACAGUGUGGUCCCUGCGCAAUGCUCCUCCAGUACCGACUCCAGUACCGACUCCGGGCCUCUCUCCUCCGGUUCCUUUUAACAUCAGAAUUCUAAUUGUACUCCUGUUUCCAUUCUUUUAGAGAGCCUGUUCCACUUUCUCCAAUUUUACUUCCCAAACCAAUCUGACUGCUGCAAGAGGAGCUGAAGGACGACAGGCUGGCUCCUUUUGCCGUCACUGUCUGUCCCUGGCUUCCCGGCCCCAGCUGAACUCAGCCACCAGGAGCGCUCAGAGCCAGCCGAGGGCCGGCCACUCCCCGAACUCCUGCCAUGCCCGCUCUCCUCAGGGGCAGCGUGGGGGCAGUUUGGGAAAACAAGGGGCUCUGGAUCGGGCAACCCUGGUUCAAGUCCUAACUCUGCCACCCAGGACAGUCCCCACUCCUCCAGGAGCCUUGGGGGUCCUGUCAGCACCUGCACUGCAAAGCCACCACCAGUUAAAUCAUGCACCGUGCAUGGAACACCUGCCCUCUCCCUGUGCCGACCUGGCCCCUCCCGUGUGCGGACCCGGCCCCUCUCCCUGUGCGGACCCGGCCCCUCUCCCUGUGCCGACCUGGCCCCUCCCGUGUGCGGACCUGGCCCCUCUCCUGUGUGUGACACGCGGCACUUGGCUCUGUGCUUCGCAGGCCGACCACACCGAGAGCAGGGGCCACCGGGGCUUCACCAGAAGUAUGAAGGCCACACUAAGGGCUCAGAAACCAGCACCAGGGUCCAAAUGUUUGGAUCCUGGCUCUGCCACUUACAACGCGGUCACUUGGGCCAGUCAGCUGUGCCUCUGUCCCCACACUGAAACCACGUUAGCAACCGUUCCUCCUGAGAAGCAGAUAAGCGACUACGUGGGCAGCCUUGCGGCAGGGGCUGCAGCAUGCUCCCUGCGGGGGGCUGCAGAGCAGACGGCUCCUACAGACACGGCACCCAGGAUGCCAAGGCAGCUCGCACUCAGCGCGCAGGGCUCACAGCGGGAGCUCUCUCAUCUCCCUGGACCUUACACGCCGCAGGGCAGUGGUGCUGUGCUCCUUCUAUACACAUGGAAGCUGACGCACAGGCCCCGGUACCUGCCCCAGGACACAGGGCCGCCAGGCGGCACGGCCAGCACUGGUACUCGAGGACAGCUGACCUCAAAGCUUGUGUCCUCUCUCACACUGCCCCAAACUCCCAACCCAGGAAGCCCUGUGCCCCGAGGGGCUCCGGGACCCCUCAGCGGCGCUCCUGAGCCCUCAUGCAGCAACCACACCCUCCGGCCGGGGUCACAGGAUGACGUGCUCCUGGGACCACAGCCACCAAGCCACGUGUCGCCCGUCCAGGAGCCAGAAGGCCCAGCUCCCAGUCAGACCACGAGAACCUCAGUGGCUGUGGGGGACACACCCACACUCUGGGCCCCUGUUUCCUGGGGUAUAGAAUAAGUAAGCUGGACCAGAGAUAUCGGGGGGAUACCUUCCACCUUAAACAUUUCCACCCCAGGAUGAAGUUCAGCAAAACUUAUCCAGCAAGAACCGAAGUGAGGGGAUCAGGGACUCAUUCUCAGUGAGAGCCCUGGUGUUUCUUCCGUUCUACUGCCACCCAGAACCGGUCCUGGGGGAGGGGAGGGGCGCC